CUUCACCGGUUGUCGCAUGGUAUUGUUUAAUUUGAAAUCCAAAAUAAUUUAGUCCUUCGGGGCUGUGGUCAGAGAUGUAUUUAUAGGUGAUUGCUUUGAGAUGUGCCUUUGAAAGGAACAGAAGCUAACUAAACUGGCUGACCAUGGAACCUCCAACCCAUGUUCGCUUCCAAGCUGGCGCCGCGGCCGCUGCUGAGAAGAGGCCAUGCUGCAAAAAAACCUUGCUUUUUCCUCGGCCUUAUAUUCUUCCUCGUCUCCUUCUUCUUCUUCUUCAACUAAAGUAUUCAUAGACCAUGUUUCUCAAGCUUUUAGCCAACAAGAAUCGGAACUGUUAAACCUUGCUCUUCCCUCCAAGUUACAGCCAAACCACAUUUAACCCAUCCUGCUUGCCCUCCAACACAACCCCGAUUCCGCCAUUGAGUUCUUCCGCUGGACCCAGAGUUCUCCUGGACUAACCCACAAUGCACGCUCUUACUCUGCCCUUAUUCACUUUUUGCUACGACACCGGAUGAUUGUUUGUGGCAGCGACCCAGGUGUUUGAUGAAAUGUUUGCUCGGUUUGGUAACACUUUGGAUGUUUUGGUGCCUUUUCUGAUGGGUUUCGCGAUUUUGGUUUGAGUUAUGGCGUUGUUUAUGGGUUUUUGAUGGAAGGGUGCUGUAGAAAUGGGAUGUUGAAUUCUUUUAUUGAUGCUAAUAGAAUUGAUAUUGUUCUUGGUAACUAUAACAAGUUCCACAAAGUAUUGAAAGGGCAGAGAUUUUGUGUCUAUGGGUUUGUAGUGGAUUGUCUUUUAAAGAGGGGUAAGCUUGAAAAGGCAUUUAAUUUUCCCCAAGUGGUGAUUGAGAGAGGUUUAGGUGUUGACACAGUUGCUUGCAAUAAGAUUUUGAAGGAUCUUUAUGUAAAUAAUCAGACUGAAAUUGCUUCUAAAUUCUUUGAUUUGGUACUCACCCUUGGUCAAAUGCCAACUGUGGUGACUUUUAGCACACUAAUUAAGAUGGAUUGUAAGGGAAGACAAUUUGAUAAAGCAUUUGAGGUUCAUACUGUCAUGAUGCAGAGGGGUAUACCACCUGAUUUAGUUAUUUAUUCCAUUCUCAUUGAUGGUUAUUUCAAAGCAGGGAGAUUGAAGGAGGGGCAUAAGCUUCUUUCUCUGGCAUUAGAUGGAGGUUUCAAGUUGAAUGUAGUUACUUUCAGCUCCAUCAUGGAUGCAUAUGUGAGAACUGGGGAUUUGGGAAGGGUGGUUGAGAAUGAUAGGAUUUCUGAAGCUUGUGGCUUUUUUGGUCAACUUGUAAAACGUGGUUUUGAGCCAUCUCUGUUAACUUAUAGUAAUCUCAUUGAUGGCUAUUGCAAGUUGGGUAAGUUGAGGGAUGGGUUUUCCUUGUAUGUCAGUAUGAUUAAGAAAGGUCAUGAACCUGAUAUUGUUGUCCAUGGCUUAUUAAUAAAAGGUCUUUGCAAACAAGGGCUGAUGGCCAGUGCACUUGGGUCCUUCUUCCAUGGUGUAAAGAGGGGUAUAAGACCUAAUAUCUUCACUUUUAACUCCUUGAUGGAUGGUUGGUGCAGAUUGGAGCACUUAAAGGAUGCUCUGAAGGUGUAUACCUUGAUGGAGAUGUUCAAUGUUAAACCUGAUGUGGUCACCCAAACUGUCUUCAUUAGGGAAAUAGCCAGACAAGGGAACUUAAAUGUUGCAUUGUUAAUUUUUUUCCAAAUGCUGAAAAGAGGUUUCUCAGCAGAUGCAAUAACAUACUGCACACUCAUGGAUGGAUUAUGCAAGCAUAAAAAUCCAACUGCUGGAUUGCCAAUCUUUAGGUUGAUGAAAAUCAAUGGAGUAGUUCCUGAUAUUGCAGGAUAUGAUGUUCUCCUUAAUAUUCUCUUUAAGGAUUGCCAUCUGCAAGAUGCAUCAGAACUCUUUGGGCAACUUGUUAAGGCCGGGCCAAGACUUGAUAUUGUAACUUAUAACACCAUGAUAUGUGGCUAUUGUUCAUUGAAAAGGUUGGAUGAGGCAAAUAACCUGUUGGAAAAGUUGACACAUGGAGGCUUUGGAUCCAAUGCAAUUACUUUUACCAUAUUGAUCGAUGCCUUUUGCAAGGAAGGUAGAAUGGAUGAUGCUGUGUUGAUGUUCUCCAAAAUGUUGGAACCUGGACCCAAUGUGGUCACAUACAGUUGUUUGAUCGAUGGCUAUUUCAAAUCAGAGAACUUAAAGAGUGCAUUUGAGCUUCGUGAAGAGAUGCUUGAAAACAAAAUCUCACCUAACAUUGUCAGUUAUGGUAUCCUCAUUGAUGGCCUUUGCAAACAUGGACUAGUAGAGGAAGCAUCACUUGCAUUUCAUUCUGCUCUAGACAGACAUUUAUUACCUGAUGUAAUGCUGAUUCGAGUGGUUACUGCAAAGUUGGCAGAUUAGCUGAAGCCAUGCAGUUAUGUGACCAGAUGCUGAUGAAUGGAAUCAUGCUUGAUGACUUGUUAAAAGAAACACUUUGGGCAUAUAAUCUUCAAAAUAUGCGGGACAGAUGUCAUGCUUAACUACUUUGUAGGGAUCAUUGCUUUCAUAGUCCAGCAGUACGUACAGUUUUCUCCUCUUCCUGCAAGUUGGUCUCUACAAUGUCCAUUACAUUUAUUCACUUUAGUUAUCUCUGUCCUUGUUAGCAUGUAAUGUAUCUAAAUCUUCACCUUCAUUGUAUUGAGUACAAUCUUUGUAAAGAAUUGAAUUUUGAAUGAAAUCAAUGACAAACAAUUUUGAUAGUGAUGUUUCUAAAUUAACAUUAUAAAUGUUGCUUAGAAAUAUUUCAGUUUAUGUGACAUGAAGGACAAGAUUUUCUGAGUCUGUUUCUUGUUGGAAGUGAAUGUCAGGCCUCUUGGAUUGUUUUUCCUUGCAGUUUUAUUUUGUAUUUGGCUGUAUUUACUGUUAUUAUUUUUGGAGCUUAGGUCAAUUCCCUUCUCAUUUCUCUUGCUUGACUAAACACAAAGUUUAGACUCUGCAUGUAUCUGCCUGAAUUGAGGGCACUUAAGAUGAAUAAGCAGGCAUCCUAGGA